ACUUUUGCCUUUGACCAUUGUUUCUGGUCAAUGCGAGAGGAUGACCCGAAAUUCGCUUCCCAGGAUCGCGUCUUUGACAGCCUGGGACGAGAAGUGCUGGACAGGGCCUUCGAGGGAUAUAAUGGCUGCAUAUUUGCCUAUGGCCAGACAGGCUCCGGCAAGUCCUACACCAUGAUGGGCACCCCCGAGCAGAAAGGCAUCAUCCCCAGACUGUGUGACGCCCUGUUCGAGAAGAUCGCCCUGGUCACCGCCGCCAGCCUGUCCUGCAAGGUGGAGGUAUCCUACAUGGAGAUCUAUAAUGAAAAAGUCCACGACCUUCUAGACCCCAAUGGAUCUAAACAGAACCUGAAGGUCAGAGAGCAUAAUAUCCUUGGACCCUACGUGGAUGGACUGUCCAUGUGUGUGGUCUCAUCCUUUGUGGACAUUGACAACCUGAUGAGCGAAGGAAACAAGUCAAGGACAGUGGCCGCCACCAACAUGAACAGCGAGAGCUCCCGAUCACACGCUGUGUUCAGUAUAGUGCUGACUCAGACAUUGACUGACCAAGCUUCUGGG